AUGUCUCAAAUUAAAGUUGAUACUUCCAAAUGUGUUGGUUGUGGUCUUUGUUGCAAAGAGUGUAUGUGUUGUGUUUUGAAAUUGGAGUCUGGUAAGGUGUAUGUCGAUCCCGAGAAUGCCAAGAAAUGCAUGGCUUGUGCCCAUUGUGUUUCUUUGUGCCCGCACCAAGCACUUUCCUUUAACAACCAACCAGUAGUUCCUCUCCCAAAGUCUCACGAGACAGUUGAAGAUGCUCUCCACACCCGUCGCUCAGUCCGAAACUUCAAAGGUGCACUUACUGAAGAACAGCUGAAGGAGUUAUUUGCCAUCACCUCUUUUUGUCCAUCUGCUUGUAACCUUCGUCCAGUGAAACUUGCUGUGAUCAACCGUCCCAAGAUGACUGAACUUAUAUCUGUUCUAGCGAAGCAAGUAGCUGAGAGCAAUGAUCCCCAAAUUCCUUCAUUCUUCAAAGGAGCUUGCAAAUUACAAGAGAAGUUUGAUGUAAUUGGUCGUGGUGCUCCACACAUGAUUGUCGCAUAUAGUGAUGGUGGAGAUGAAUGGAGUCAUGACGAUGGAUGUAUCAUGUUGACACAAAUAGAAAUGUAUGCCGUCUCUAAAGGGUAUGGGACUUAUUGGUGUGGCUUCAUGAAGGGUCUCUUAACUCCACCAGGUGCUAUGGAUUUGCUUGGACUCAAAGGAAAGAAAUGCAUAGAAUGUUUGGGUCUUGGUAUUCCAGACACUCACUACGUUAACAUGAUCCAAAGAGAGCAGACAGAAGUCACUUACAUCAAUUAA